GCAAUAGAAGUGGCAUUUCUUCCGGGGCCCUAUUCUGUCACCAGGACACUUACAAGCAAGCAAAUGGUUUCAAGAGUUUGCUUCAAUUUAGACCGCGCAGCAAAUGGCUGACUAGUGCUAGGGCCUAGUCUGUGAGUAGCUCAGCAGGGAAGGGCUUGGCGCAUCUAGCUUCAUUUUACGUUCCAGCAGAACGUUGUUCCAGAAAGCGCGUUUGCCACAAGUUGUUGUUGCCGGGUGCUGUCGCAGGGGAGCUGUCCAAGCCUAAAACUCCAUCGCCGCAAAAGAGGCGUGACAAUUACACGCCGGCGUUUUUGGCUGUUGUCUUUAAGCUGCAAUUUUAGCGUCCCAAAGUAUUUCAUGUACUCUUCAAGGAGUUUCAAGUUGUCCUCCAUGGACGGCCAGGUGGACUACCCGGGGGUGCAGGGUAAUGUGGGGCAAACAUUAAGUUGCCCAAAUGAGAAAGAUUCCGAACCGAGCCAUGUUAACCUGUGUUUGUUAGGCACGCCAGGCUGCCCCGAAUUUGCAGAAGGAGCAGCCUUUUCAAACAACUCGUCUUUGGUGUCCAAUCAGUGAAAGUGGUGCGAAAGCCAUGCAAAAACCCCGCGACAGCAUCGAGUUUCCAAAUCAAGGUGGCUGUCUGUGGCCAUGCCCAUCCGUCGCCAUGUUGGUGCGAAGCAGGUUGGGAGGACUACUGCUACUGCAUUUUUACUGAAUUCAACAUAUCAAUUUUGAAAUCUCGUCCCCGCAAUUUUCUUGGAUUGAACCAUAAUGCACCACAGCGGGUACCAUUUUGUCGAACUCUUUUUGUGCAAGAAACGCUCGAGCAGAAUUUUAAGUAUCAAUUGUGGUUCCAAAGUAGUAUUAGGUUUGAAAUGGUUUGAAUGUUUACAGGAUUUACAGGUCAAAACAUCAAGUUUCCCACGUGCGACAGAUUCAGAACCAAACCGCGUCACUGUGUUUUUUGGCCUGCAAGACCGCCCCAAAUAGCAGAACGAGUAGCCUUUUCAGACAACUCCUGUAUAUGACAAUCUUUGGCGUUGAGUUUAGCACCUUCGAUGCCAGUAUUUUUGAUACUGUAACACGUACCGAUCACUCUUGGCGCAGAACCGUUGCACGGGAGCGCACGGCACGUGACGGCACGUGGGUGCCGUUGUGUCACUGUCGAGUUUGACUGAUUUGAACAGUCAGCAAGGAAUGGGAUAUUGCAGCUUCAAAGGUGCUCAACAAAAAACAACAUUCCUGGAAAAAAAAUUGGUAGCCAAUUUUUAUCAUUUCACUGGGGCUUGACAUUUGGCUUGUAGCCAGCAGGGGUAGUUGGGAAGAGAUCCCCUUCUUUACUCACCAAGCAGGUGGGCCCGAGGCAAGCGACAGCUUCUAUACGAAAGGCUGCUGAGUGGGAUGAGACCGAUGAGCACAGCAAAACCAUAGGCGUUCGCCAGGGGAGCUGCCCUUGGCAGGAGAAAAGUUGAAUUGGUGGACAUCUUGACAUGGGGUUGUCUCAAAAUGUUUGUCCCCAGACUACCAUUGGGACCAUGGUUCAUCAUCCUUAUUCCAAUGGAAAUACGCACGUUGGGGAAUUUUAGAGACAAUCCCUCGAGUUGCGGCACGGCUUUGUCAAUCGAUUGACCUGCAAAAAAACACUGCUGAGUCUCAACACUCGACAGGUAAACAAAAAGAAGUGCGAGGCAUGUUCGGCAGAAGAAGUGUGCUUUAGACCUUUUGGGAGGCCACGGGGUUCCAAUAUCCCAUCAAUGGCUUUCCUUGCCAGUCUUGAAUUUAGUGCCUGCGACUCAGCUGUCUAGUCCAGUGCAAUGUAUAGGCAACACUUGAAAAAUCAUGAAAAAACCAGAGUUUGUGGGGAACUAGCCUAUGAUCAUGUUGCAGUCGUGUUGCCGAAGCUGCCAGAUAAGAACUAUUCUGCUAAAGAUCAGCGUGCCCGUUGGGUUUGUUUCCACAUUCCAAAUCUAUGGGCAAAGAAAGGUGGAACUUGCAACCCAACUGCAGAUAUCAGCAGCCUGCGGCACGCAGCACACUUCCGUGUGUGCAGAAGGCGUUCUCGUGAUUUUUGUUCUCACGCCAAAAUUCAAAAAAUUAUGCACAAGCUCACAGCCGCGUCAUCUAUGGAGCAAUGAACCUGCCACUGACAGAGCGAAAAGUGGAGAUAUGAG